GUGUGUGUGUGUGUGUGUGUGUGUGUGUGUGUGUGUGAGUGUCUGUACUGUUCCGCUGGCAGUAUCUGUUGAGCAGCGUUGGUAGGAAUGGGACACCCUGCCACCUCCCCUCCCUCUGAGAUGGACGUCCCUGCAGGGAGGUACAAAAUGAGAGGGGAGGGCAAUUGGAGUUGAUGCCUCCAGGUUUUGUAGUCAGAUUGGAAAAAUGAAGAAUUCAAUGGAAGUAGCCUCUGACAAUGUUGCCCAGACACAUGAAACCUGUGCCGAAGCAUUCCUGAGGAAAUUAAAGAGAUUGAAACCCAUCAACUUCUGGUCGGAAGUGGGAAGUAUUUCUAGGCUGGCUGUGCCUACGUUUGCAUCACAGCUGAUGAUAUCUCUCCUCGGUAUUGUCAGCUCUGUGUUCUGUGGACAUUUAGGAAAAGUUGAAUUGGAUGCAGUCAGCCUGGCCAUAGUGACAAUAAAUUUAUCGAGCGUCUCCAUUGGUGUUGGUUUGUGUACAGCGUGUGAUACAUUCAUAUCUCAGACGCAUGGCAGUAAGAAUCUGAAGCGAAUCGGAGUGAUUCUCCAACGAGGGAUCCUCAUUCUCCUGAUCGCCUGCUUUCCCUGCUGGGCUGUCUUCAUAAACAUUGAGCACAUCCUGCUGGCUUUGAAUCAGCUUCCUGCAGUGGCCAAGUUAUCACAAUUUUAUGUGAAGAUAUUUAUCCCUGGCCUCCCUGCAGUGUUCCUCUAUCAGUUGGAGGUCAGAUAUCUUCAAAAUCAGGGGAUCUUCAUGCCUCAGGUUUUUGUUGGUUUCAUCACCAACAUCUUCAAUGCUGUCGUCAAUUACCUCUUCCUCUACGUGCUGACACUGGGAGUGCCGGGCUCAGCUGCUGCCAAUGUUGCUUCCCAGUAUUGCCAGCUUCUCCUCCUGUUUGGAUACAUUCGCUGGAAAAAGUUGCAUGUUCACUCCUGGGCAGGUUGGUCCACUGACUGCCUGCAGGAGUGGGGCAACUUCCUACGUCUGGCAAUUCCCAGUAUGGCAAUGAUUUGUAGUGAAUGGUGGGCAACUGACAUCAUAACAUUCCUUUCUGGUUUAGUUAAUGAAGUUGAACUCGGAGCCCAGACCAUUAUCUCACAGAUAAUAGUGGUGAUUUACAAGGUCCCUCUGGGAUUUGGGAUGGCAGCAACAGUUUAUGUGGGGAAUGCGCUGGGAGCUGGUAACCCGCAGCAGGCUGUCAAUUCUGCUAAAGUCGCUGUAUGCUGCGCUGGGUCCAUCGCUUUAGUGUUGGCACUAAUUCUUACAGCAAUGAAGGAUGUGGUUGGCUGUAUCUUCAUCAAUGACAAGGAAAUUAUUCAUUUGGUUGCAGAUGUAAUUCCAUUAAGUGCUGCCUAUCAUCAGUUCGAUGCUGUGUUGGUUGCAAGUGGUGGAGUGUUAAGAGGAGCUGGAAUGCAAAAACUGGGAGCAAUUGGUAACCUAAUUGGAUACUAUGUUGUUGGGUUGCCCAUUGGAAUUGCUCUCAUGUUUGCUGCAAAACUUUAUAUACUUGGUCUGUGGAUUGGAAUGUUUGUUUGUGCAGUUGUGCAAACCAUUUUCUUUCUGACUGUGAUUUACAGAAUCAACUGGAAGGAAGCAUCCGAUGAGGCUCAGGUUAAUGCGGGUGUGAUGAAAAACGCGGACACCUCACGAAGAACCUCUACUACUCAAACCCAGUACAGGUCAACAGAUGUCGACACCAGAAACAGAGCAGUGAAUCCAAUUCCUGAUGUUUCUCAAUCGGAAAUACAGACAGAGGAGGACCAGGUGUUGGAUACAUCUUCCAUUGUAGACACUGGAGUUACCACAGUCGGAGAAAUCCUCUCCACAAAACAACUGAUCAUUCGCCGUGGCCUAGCCUUCCUCUCAGGCCCCCUGAUCCUGGCCAUUGGACUGACCGUACACUUCAUUCUCUCAAAGGACAUGUAGACCCCAGACACCGAUGAAUGAAUAAACAAGUCAAAGUCACUUUCUGCAGCAGGAAUAGAGAGACUGUGACCAAAGGACAACAUGAGGCCAAUGUUCGCACAAAACCUGCUUCUGCUGAUGGACUCCAGUCAUCAGCCAAAUAUGAGACGACUUGGUAGAAAAGAAUUUGAGCUUUGCUGAGAGAAAGAGGAAUGCUGAUGGAGCUUUUCAGUUUUUAAUUUGAGGAAAUUUAUGCACUGGGUUGUCAGAGAAGCUGACUAACAAUUUUAGAGACACUGCAGGAUCCAGAGAAUAGGGACGAGAUAGUCCAAUGUGGAAAAUAGUGUUGACUUUUUGGGUAAUUUCAUUACCUGCAGGUUGUAGAUGAGAAAUAGGAAGUAAAAAUCAAAUUAAUGAUAUUUUAAUUAUUGCUGAAGAAAAACACAUUUUAUCAAAGCAUUUUGUCUUGAAUUCAUUAGGACAUUUCCCAAAAAGGCAGUUUUGGAUCAUUAGCCAGCAUUUCUGCCACAAACAGACACAUUUUCCCCUCUCUUCCCUUGCCAGCAUUCCACAGGGACCAUUCAUUCCCGAUACUCUGGUCCACUCCUCCUCCACUCCCAGUAGAUGCCCCACAGCCCCAACUGCAGAAGGUGAAAUACCCGCCUGUUUAUUUCCUCCCUCCUCACUGUCCAAGGCCCCAAGCGCACCUUCCAGUCGAAGCAGUGAUUUACCUAUGCUUAGUUCCAUCGGGGGUCUAAUACAUCCGCUGCUUGCGAAGGAAUAUCCCUUGGACCUGUUUCAGUACAGAUGUGCUGUUGUCAGCAAACGCAGCCUUGCAAGAAUACCAAUGUAAAGAGGAAGAACAUUUUAUAGCAUUUGUGAUGAGACCUCUGGUUACUUUUCUCAUUCAAUGUAAACCAUUGCUCCCCUUUACAUUGGUAUUCUUGCAAAUUGUCCUGAUGAGCAAAAGAUGAAAAGCUUUGACAAAGGGAAUUUAUUUCAGUAAUAUGCAGAUUUCAUAGCAGCAAAUGAUUGGUUGAUAUGUUUGUGAUUUUGUUAAGAUAUACAGGUGGGGGGGGGGGAACUGUUUGAUUAAACACCUAAAACACUUCAAAAGACAGACAGCCGGGACGCAGGAGGAAUAAGCUGGCUGCAUUCUGUCAAUAAAUCUACUGUCAAGAAAAAUAUUAAUGUUUAUCCUAGUGUCUAAUUUCAGACUUCACCACCUCAUUUCCAAUGGAAGGAAUAGGAAGGUGACAAGAACAGAUCUGUGACGGAUCCCAGAGGUUGUUAGGUUCGUUUUCAGAGACCCUCAUGGAUUUGCUGCAAUAACAAGACACCGACCUGUUUAGAAAAACACAAAUCCUUUAUUACAAAGCAAGUACAAGCCGUGGAGGAUCACUGUACUCAACCCGGCACAGAGUGCGGAGUCUCGUAAACGAUUCUCUCCGAGCAGCGGACUGUCCCCGCUUUUUAUACUUUACCAAGCGCAUAAUACAUAAAACAAUUUUACAUCUCACAAUGGUACGAUACAUGAAACAAUCACUGCAACAGACAGUGACAUGAUGCAAGACAAUUACUGCAUCGAAAACAUAACGAGAGCAGGAUACAGUAUCGAUUGUUCGUGAAGUGACUGCUAACGACAGGAGGAGAUUCGAAGUUGCCGAAGUGGCAGAAUGUAAUUUGAAGCCACCUAAGUGUCUGGCUGGAACAAAAGUCAGUGCCCUGGCCCCUUUGUCAGAGAUAGAAGUUACAUACUUCAGAAGUCUCUCACCUUUACAAAAUCCCCUCACUUAACCUUAUUUGAGACAGUUUCCACACACCCCCGUGCAGGAAGAUAAAGAUCUGAACAGUUUAUCUCUAAUUCUAUUCAGCCAGGAAGUUUAAGGCAGUAUCUGCAUACCUACAUAAGCAGGGCUACUUAAUGAAGUUCAACUUGGAGCCCAGACGAUCAUAUUUCAGAUUAUUACAG